CAUAAUUUACCUUCUGUAAUGAUCUUUUUGUAGCCAUUUGUUUUUAUAUAGCGUAGUUUUUUUUUCAUUGUAGGAAUUUUAAAUAUCUGUCAAUACUUGGGUACUUUACAGUGAUUUAAAACGAAGAGCGGUGACCAUCAAUAAUACAUUUUGACUUAGAGUUUUCCUACGUAUAGAAGGACUUAAAAUCGUGUGAUUUCGGUUCGUUAAGUACUGCCAGAAACCGACGGCGGACAAAAAGAAAGGAAGCCGCGAGACAAUUGAAUGGCUUUCUAAAGAGAGUUUCGAGAAAGAUAUGUGUCCAACAUUGAACGACAGUACAACGGCCUUAGCACAAGGAUGUAUUGAAAAAACCAGCUCGGUAUCGAUAAGUCCAUUUUAGGGAUUCUGAAGAAACGCAACGAGUGCUGGACGAGUUCUUCCUUCUCUACAUCACCCGGUCGCUGUGCAACGGGACUCGACACGGCUACCGUUUUCCCAUCGGUUUCCCACUACUACCGGGUUUGCUAGUCGGCCAUCCGUUCGCGUCGCGGUCACUUGUUGUUCGUAUAUUUCGGUGUUCGUAAAGCCCAAAAAUUAUUGUUUUCGAAUCGAUAAUAUCGACCAUUUAUAUUUUGUUAUGUUUUGUGGUGAUGUUCGGUGCGAUCGCUUGUGUGGCUGUCAACAAUCAAAGAAGUCCUUUGCUGAAAGGUAGAAUCCAACCUACCAGUCACGUCACACAAACGGCGUCUUGGUUGCCGCCCGUAGAAGCGUGGCCCAAAGAUCCCGGUGCCAAGUCUUUGCCGUACGGCUGGGAACAAGCGCUCGACGGCGAUGGAAGACCUUAUUUUAUCAAAUAUCUUGUGUAAUCCGUUUAAAAACCAAUUCGAUCGAAGCCAUAUCACAAAAACCACCACUUACGAAGAUCCCAGAAACGAUUUGGUGGAGGAGAGCCCAAAACCUAGACUGGUUACUUUAAAAAGACAUUCCGAACUAGGAUUUGGAUUCGUAGCUGGCAGUGAAAAACCCGUUAUAGUUAGGUUCGUCACUGAGGGAGGACCUAGUGACACUAAACUUUUACCUGGUGAUCAAAUUCUUCAGAUAAACGAUGAAGAUGUUCAAAAUGGUCUUAGGGAUUACGUAAUACAACUGGUGAGGUCUUGUAACGAGACAAUCACUUUACUAGUGUGUCAGCCUCCACUCGACAAUUCGGCCAGGAAGUCGGCUUUGUUGAGUUCAGCAAAAAAAGCCAAACUCAAAUCUAAUCCAUCUAGGGUACGUUUUGCGGAAGGAGUUCUCGUAAACGGUUCUCCAUUAUGUCCGGUGUCUGCGUUCAGUGGAGGUGACCCGAACAUAGCCUUGUUACCUAAUGUGCUCAAAGUGUUCCUGGAAAACGGACAGACCAAAUCAUUCAAAUACGACUCCACGACCAAAGUAAAGGAUGUCGUGUCUUCGUUGCAAAACAAACUGUGCAUUAAGGCCGGGGAGCACUUUGCGUUAGUUCUCGAACAAGUCAAAAGCCUCCGCAGACAUAAACUCACGUUACUGGACCCCGAACACACUUUGGCCAGGGUUGCGUCGAGGCCAGGCUCCCAUAAUCUCAGAUGUUUAUUCCGAGUGGCAUUCGUGCCCAGAGACGCUUGCGAUUUGGCUCAAAAAGAUCUGAACGCAUUUGAGUACUUGUACUUACAAUGUUGUAAUGACGUGGUUCAAGAACGCUAUGCCCCGGAACUCAAGUACGACAUAGCUCUGCGGUUAGCCGCGUUACAUAUCCACCAACAUGCUAUGGCCAACAAUAUUCCCUAUUGUAAGGUCACGGUCAAAGCUAUCGAACGUGAGUUUGGAUUAGAAAAGUUUGUGCCCAUAUCGCUCAUGGAGUCGAUGAAACGGAAGGAAUUGCGGAAGCUACUUACACAUUUGUUGAAACUCAACCAGACAAUGACGGGUACCAAUUACAAAACACUUACGGCGUUACAGGCGAAACUUUAUUACUUGACCAUAAUUUCCGAAUUGCCCAGUUACGGCGCAAAAUGUUUCUCCACCAACGUCCGCGAUUGCAACUUGGAAACGGUGAUUCUAGUCAGCCCUAAAAUGGGAAUUAGUCAGAUCGUGGGACUGCGCAACAGUAUGCCAGUGCCUCUGGCAGAUAUUGAACAAGUAACGAUGGUAAAAGUACAAAAAGACGAUCAAAUUUCAAGUACGGUGACGUUGUAUUUACAAAACACAGUACAAAAGGAAGUCAGUUUUUGUAUGGAGGACCGCGAUACCGACGAAUUUAUACUUGUUUUAAAAGGCUAUUUUAAACUUUUGAUGACUAUGAAUUUGCCAAUCGACCGGGAAGGCGAUUUAUUACACACGGAUAGUGCACCCCAAUAUUAUUCUCACCAUAUUGUGAAACCAUCACUUUGGAGUUACGGCCCAUCGACCAUGAACGCCAAAGAACAAGAAAAGUUGACAAAUUUUUCUUUUUGUCCAAUGUACACUCCGUUCAAACACGAAAUGCUCAAACCCAAUGAUUACGGAUCUUUGAAUAGAACAAUAUGGACUGGUAUGCAAAACGGAAAUGUAGACAACAACAUGAAUACAAUGUCUUUGAAAAAACAUCAAAACGGUCAUUUAGGGUACAAAUCGAACGGCGAUAUAAAAGAUAAAUCGGGAAUCGACGUUCAAAGCGUAGUUUCCAUGGAAAUAUUGGAAAGCGACAAUACCUUUGUAGACACCCAUAACGAAGAGGUGCUGAGGAGAGUGGCCGAGAUGCAAGAGUUGGUGGAAAACUCGGAACAAUAUCUCAACAGACAUCAGCGUGAAUCCAGCGACUCGGACGGUUCUCACAUAUCGUCCGACGGUUCGGUGUCGUUGCCGCCACCUCCGACCAACCUGGGACAGUUGAAACACAGCGAUUCGCUACUGUUAUUAGCUCAAAAGGGCACCGAGGACAGCAUAACCGCUGCAGUCCAAGCGUUGAACUUAGGAGAUCUAGAGAGCGACACGGAGUCCGUCAACACGCCGUCGACCAGCCCUUCGCACCGAGAGCGGAAUUCCAACAGGGACUCUGACAUGAGUUUCGGGCUGCACAGUCCGGAAGGGCUGGCCGCGAGUUCGGGACACGAAGCCCUGCAGGAACUGUGGAAAAACCUGCAAGAGGACAACCGGUCGUUGCCCAGGAGCAGUUUGUACUUGGAACCGGACUUGAUAGACUUGACGUUGAUACCGCCACCCAUUGAAGAGGCGAAGAUCAACCAAACGAACGGUUCCAACUCCGGCAGUCAGUGCAGUCUGCCGCCGACGCUGUUCGCGGACUACGACCACCAGCAAAACGCGGAUCGAUUUUUAGACUCUGUACUGGAUAACGGGUUCAAAAACCACACGAAUCUCAUGAGCCUGGACCUAGAGUCGUUCUUGGCCACGAUGACCAUACCCCCACCGCCCUUGCUACAGACUUCCGGUGACGGGCGGCCAGAAGAGAAGCGAUCCAAUGUGGUGUUAACGUCCGAAGAGAUAUCGUCGUUCAUAAUACCACCACCCCCUCCCAAAGCGGUGGUACCGCCAUCGGUAUUGAUGUCGACGGCCGCAGCAGACGGCGACGCCGAACACCCGCACCAACACCAACACCGACGAUCGGACUCCGCGGGUGACGAGACGGACGACCGCCGCCGCCGAAGCGUCAGCCAGACGAGAACCCCUGCCGCCGGGACAUCCGCCAGCGCGGCCACCACGCCGGACGGUCCGUGCACGGCCACCAGCGAGAAGACGCUGCCCGGUUUCUCGUGCUGUUCGAGGCCCAGACAGCGGAGCCCCGACUCACAGCCACCGUGCUUGCCCACCCGGGCUCAGAACAUGACGCUACCCCGCGUCAAACCCAAGGUCCCGCCCAGGGUGGACUCGACGCUGUCGACGAAACCGCCGCUUCCGCCGAUGCCGUCGCAGGAAACGCUGAUGCGGAACGGUUGCUAUUCGACCAACAGGGACGCGGUGGCUGUCAUCAACGAAUUGACGGGCAGACUGAACGAGUUCGGCGAACAGUGUAACACGGCCCAAGCUCAAGGAGGUGGCACGCAUCUGGACGAGACCAAGUUCCAGGAAGCCAAGGACAUACUGUGCCAAGAAGCCAGGCAGUUGGUGACGUCCUCGAAGACCCUGAUCCGGUGCUACAUGAACCCGAAGAGCGCCGAGUUCCAGGCGAACCUGUCGCAGUGCGUCACGCAACUGCGCCGGAUGACCGUGCUCAGCGGCAACAUGACCAGGCACACGUCGUCGCCGCUGCAGACCCGCAACCUCAUACUCAAGGUGGCCGACGUUCUGCGCACGUUCCACGGCCUCCUCGUGGACACGGACGUGUGCACGGAAACGCUCACCAGGCACGCCGAGGGCCUGGCCAACGUGCUGGCGAAACUUUUGCGCAGCCUCCGGGUGUUCUCGCCAUGACGGCGAACGUCGGUCGGGGCCGCGGGUCCCGACUAGGUGUCGAUGCGAAGAAGUGUCCACCGUAGUUUCGUCGGCGUGCAACGGAAAACCGGAAAACGGAGGAGGAAAAUAAAUCCGAUUGGUUCAUUUUUUAUGUACAUAAUAUAAUUAUUAGGUAGGACGAGCCUCAAGUUUGUUUAUUUGUUUGUUUUUUUAUUAUUAACGUGUAAGUCGAAGCCAAAAAAUCGUUUUAAUUACAAUAUAAUAUCUAUAAGUAUUAUAGGUUACGUAUUAGGUUGAAUAGCAUAUUAUAAUAAUGUCAGUAUGUGUAUCGUCGUACGUGCGCCAGAUCACGAAAUUAAAUCGCUGUUAUGUCUGUAUGGGUAUACUAUCGAUCAUCGUUACAUCCAACAAUAUAUUAUUAUAAUAUAAUUUAAUAUAUAAUUGUUAUAUUAUAAGGUAAUAUAUUGUUAUCGAUUUAUAUGCACUCAAUCCGUUCGUUGGAUUUCCAAGACCAAAUAUAAUAAUAUAACAUUAAAUAGGGCAUCCAGGUUUACGGGUACCGUCGGUUAGGGUAUGUCGCGCACGUGAAACGACACGCGCAGUCGUCGUACCCGCCGAGAAUUAUCUUAUAGUAUCUCUACAUGUUUUUAUUUUUUAUUAUUAUUAUUAUUAUUAUUAUUGUUUUUAUUUGUUUCUUUUUAUUAUUAUUAUCAAUUGUCAUUAUCAUUAUUAUUGUAAAAUUGUAGCAUUAAAUCUAGUCAAAUUUUAGAAAAUAAUUCGGUCUGUUCGUUUUUCGAAUAUACGCAUAUGAUACAUGAUAAUAAUAUAUUAUAUAAUGUGAUUUGUAAGAAACAUAAAUAAGGUUGUUUUUUAAAAAAGAUAAAAAAAAAUGUCUAGUUUUAAUCCCACGUUAAAUAAAUGGCAUGUCAAUUAA